GUCUUACUGAUGUCGUCUAACCCAGCCUCCUAUUGACAUACUUUACAUGAUCCAGCACACUGUAUUCAAUGUCGCAUGAACAUUUUGUUCCGGUAUUCGAACCGUACAAAGCUGCCACAACUGUCCCUCCAGGUUUUCGAGCUCCACUUCCACCCGGUGCCCGACGAAUUUCAUUGUGCGUUGAAAAUCCACAUUCCUUCUUGGGCCGCGAUUUGCCCCGCAUUCGUGCAUCUAAACUUCUGCCUUGUUACGGAGUCAUUGUGCGGGAACAGCCACACAACAUCACAUCUUCCUGUGGGCAUCCAACUCCGGAUGCGCGACUUCCUAAACCAACGGCCACGGUAGUUCCCACGACCGUAAGCUCUAUCUCUCUGUCGCCCCCUCCUUCUGCAGUCUUGUGUUCAUCAUGUAAUCGACAGCGUUCUAGUACUACAGAUGUUACCUGCCAAACGGAUGACAUUGGUAUCGACAUGGAUCUUCUGUUGCACAUUGAAGACAUGAUCCGAACUCAGCGUAGUCUCACUCUACCCAGGUACACGCUGGAUGAUGAACAGGCAAACCAAUGCGAUGGCGUCUCCUUGUGUCGGAAAGUUCAAGAAUUGCAGGAAGCGCUGCUUGUUCAAGGCAAUGUGAACAAUGAUCUCAAGCGUCUGCUAGUCUCGGCGCUCGCGGGCAAUUCCGACCUAGCAUACAAGCUGGUAGAUUUAACUUCAGAUAAUGUAAACCUGACCGGAAAGAGUGAGCAUUUGGCCGCGCAGAAAGCUGCACUGGCUGAAAUUGCCGAUACCGCCGGAAUUGCAGCCGAUGUGUGGCGAGCCAAGUGCUUGGCAGGUCGCGUGGUCGCCACUGAGGCUGCUCGGCGGUUGGCUGUCGCAAAUCGACAAAUCCAACUCGUCAAACACGCGUUGGCUCAUUUAUUGGGUGAACGGGCACGUUUGCGACGGGACUUGGGUCAAACGGCGUCGUUGCUGCUCCGCUGUCUGCAAUCCAGUGCGAUCAAUUCUGACUCAUGUCAUCGUGUGGCCCAGGACACUCUCGAGUUGGCCUCCUUAUGUCACCAGUUGGCGUCCAUAUGCCAUCCGGUCACCAAGAUGGAAACACCUUUCCAUCCGAUCGUUUGCCAGGCCGAUAGCCCCGGAGAACGAUUGGCUUUGCAGAUUCUGAUGAACAAUUUACCGGACUGCAUUCACCUAGACCAACCAAGUUGCCUAUCCACCACUGACGCUUCCCAAGGUGUUCGAGAACAGUCCCAAGUGGAUUUGUCCACCCUGAUGCCUGUGCCACCUCCGCCAGAUUCAGAAGACCUCAUCGAAAUGGCCAUUCAAUCAUUUUCUUCUUCACGCCCCUUGGGGCCGGUCACGUCGCACAUGUCCGCAUGUCGCGGCUGUAACGGACACCUGACGGCCAUCUGA